UGGAAAUAAAAUAUGAAGAAGAACGAGGAAAAAGCAAAAUGGCGUUUGACGGAGAAGGUCUAAACGUGGCCAUUACAGUUCUGUAUUUUUAAUUAGUGUAUACAUAUACACAUGUAUGACGCCUAAGAGAUUAAACAUUGUUAGUAAUUGUUUGUAUUCGGAUACAUUAGUCACUUUGACGCGUCUCGUUCUCGCUUAGCUUGCUAGUUAGCUUAGCUUGUUAGCCGCUACCAAAUAGACGCGGAAGUUAUCAACACAUCGCUAAGCAGAGAUCAAGUGUGAGUGUAAAGUGUUGUGAUUGUGUGAAAAUGUGCGAAAGAACGAUAGCAGAGUACGAGGAGGAACUUUGUCCAACAAAAGAGGAGAAGGAGCGACAACAUCAACUACUGGACGCUGUUUUCAAGAAACAUCAAGUUGUUUUACACAUAACGGACGUCCAGCAGCCCCCCCACAUUAAAGAGGAAGAUCUACAUCCCCCUUGUGUUAAACAGGCAGAGGCAAAGCCAUCCCACAUUAAAGAGGAAGAGGAGGAAGUGUGGAUAAGUCAGGAGGAAGAGUGUCUUCUAGGGCAGGAGGAGGCUGAUCUCACCAAGUUUCCACUGACUGUUGUCUCUGUGAAGACUGAAGACCAUGAAGACAAACCACCUGAGUCCUCACAGCUUCAUCACAGUCCAACUUGGACCUCGCAUGGCAGGGAAGUACAACAUUGCUUCGGGAGCACCUGAAGAGGAAACAUGUUGGAGCCAUGGAUGAAGGGAACUCACGGUACGUAACCUUUUAUGUCCAUAGUCCGGGUACAUUGAUCCGUUGUGUCCGUCUUUGUGUGUUUUUAAUCUUUUGUUAACGAGGAGAUGCUCUUUAAGGAAGCGCAGCAGCAACUGUUGUGUAUUAACUUUCAGAGUGUUAUGAACGUUUUGGAGAGUGCGAUGACUUCAUUUUCUGUGUUGUUUUGAGUCGCAACAGGCAUCCACAAAUUCAGCUUUUUUGUGAGUAACGUUAACAUUAUCCCUUUGUUGCAACGCGGGGCUAAUAAUGUGUCUCUGGCAGAUUUGACUCAGUUUUGAGAGAGAAAACGCACGGUUACCAAUUCCGAAAUAAACGUAACGUACAGAAAUAUCUCAGGUUGGUUUCAUAAUGGAUCAAUGUAGCCGGGCCCAAUAAAGCUAUAUAAAUAUAUUUAGAUUUGAGUGACGCUUUAGUAUAACUAAACGUUAUGAAAGUGCUGGAAUAUUUCAUGCUAUUAUCAGAGGCAGACUAAAAUGAAUACUUUAUUAUUCACAACAGAAACAUGUACAAUAUCAGAUUCAGUUCUGAUCUGAUGAGUUACAUUUCUGUGUUAUUAUUGGUGUAUGCUGCAUCCCCAAUGUCCAUUUAUUUAAUUUAGCAUUUUUUAAUGUGGUGGCAUAUUUGCCUUUUACAUCAGAAAUUAUUAAUUAAAUCAACUAGGUAUGUAUUAAGUUACAUGUAAAUGAUGCUACUAUGUACAUUCAUUAUAUGGUUUCUCUCAUUUCAGAAAGAAACAACCCAGCAUUAGUGACUUGGUACAAAGGAAGGUCUGCACACGACAGCAAGCGGCUGCAUUGACUGAUGCUAUCCUGAAUAUGUUGCUAACUGACAUGAGGCCACUAUCAAUCAUGGAGGAUGAAGGUUUUAGACAAAUGAUUCACGUCCUCAACCCUGGUUACACUCUUCCCUCGAGGACCCAUUUUACCAAAGUGAUGGAGAGGAAGUACGAGCAGACAUUCCAAGCAGUGUAGACUGACAUAAAAGACACCCAGAGCAAAAUUGCUCUCACUACUGAUGUGUGGACAAGUGUAGCUACGGAACCCUACCUUGGCAAUACAUGCCAUUACAUUGAGGAGUGGAACAUGAAGUCAAUGCCACGACCAUGCCACUUGAGGAAAGACCAUCAGCAUCCAACAUUGGUUGGAAUAGGUUUGAAAUUCCCCCAAGCAAAAUUCUUGCUAUUGUGCAUGACAAUGGUGCACUUUAUAAAAAAAAAAAAACAUUUUUGCAACAUUUGCCUUGUUUUAUCUGGCAAGUUGAAAGAACAUGGUGCCAGUAUGCUGGUUUUUUCUCUCUCAAUUAAAUACUGGAAAGGAUAGAAAUUUAGUUUGUCUCUUUUAUCCGAUUAUUAAUCGAAGCAAUAAUCGACAGAUUAAUCGAUUAUCAAAUUAGUUGUUAGUUGCAGCCCUAGUUCUGUCGUGUAGAAUGAUGUCUGGAGCACUAUAGUUCCAUAUGUCUGGGAACGUGACCGACGUAUAAUCCUUGAUAUCACUCGACAAAUCUUUUUUUUAAUAAAGUAUAGGGAUCUAUUCCAUUGCGUAGUUAGAUGUUUUUGCACAUAUCUGCUUUUACUGGUAAGAUUUAGGCUCCUUGCUUACUCAGGUAGUAAGCUACACAAUAGCCAUGUUGGUUUGGUUGACCAACACUUCUUUCACCGAAAGUAAACAUCUCAGAAAAAGUCACGUGACUAAAUACAAUGAAUACUGCCCCUGUUACUACUUGGUAUUGGAUCCAUACCCGCAUGUUUAGUAUCACCCAAAACAAAUGUACCGUUUCAAUAGGGCUGGGCCAAUAAUACGAUAUCAAUAUAUACAGUGAUAGACACAUAAUCGAUAUCAAUAUAAAAUGUGUUCGAUAAAAUAUUCGAUAUAUACUGAUAUGUUUUGGUCGGAAGAAACCAGAAAUUAUGAAGCAAGAUUUGUUUUAUGAAGUCACUUGUGCUUAGGGAACCCAGCAAACAGGAAACAGGAAGUGUCACUGCCCCCAUUACUACUUGGUAUUGGAUCCAUACCCACAUGUUUAGUAUCACCCAAAACAAAUGUACAGUUUCAAAAGGGCUGGGCCAAUAAUACGAUAUCAAUAUAUACAGCGAUAGACACAUAAUCGAUAUCAAUACAAAAUGUGUUCGAUUAAAUAUUCGAUAUAUAUUGAUAUGCGUUGGUCAGAAGAAACCAGAAGUUAUGAAGCAAGAUUUGUUUUAUGAAGUCACUUGUGCUUAGGGAACCCAGCAAACAAGAAACAGAAAAUGUUACUGCCCCUAUUACUACUUGGUAUUGGAUCCAUACCUUACCCCGACGGGAUCACCACCUUAUCGUGGUGGGGUGGUUCGCACCUCCACGACCUCUAGAGCUAUGCCGGCUGGAGUCUAGUACUCCUGGCAGGGUCUCCCAUGCCAAACAGGUCGAAGGGUAGGAACCAGACCAAGAGUGAUCCCACCGGUCCUCCAGGUUGGGGGUUGGGCUGAGGGCCAAUAACCCGCUCCCGUAAAAAAGAGUUAAUUAUAGAAACCCACAGCAGAGCAAAUUCACUACCGGUAAACGCUGUAGCCAGUCCUCGAAAUGAGAGAGACACCAUGACGCCCAAGGGUCAAAGCCAACAGAACCAACGAGACGCCCUUGGGCCGAAAAAGCUACUGCUGCACCCCAGAAAAAUUAUGAAGAAUGGAAAUUGGAAUGUCAGAACACUUUACACAAGCGGCAAUAUAGCACUGGCAGCAAAAGAACUAACCACCAAAAGAAUUAACAUCAUAGGAAUUAACGAAACACACUGGACAGGACAGGAAAAAGUAGAAUUGGGAGAAGCAGAAACAAUCAUUUACUCUGGAAGAGACGACAACAACCACAGGCAAGGCGUAGGCAUACUAAUGUCAAAAACUGCAGCAAGAGCCCUGAUCGAUUGGACACCUGUCAACGAAAUAAUUAUUCAAGCCAGGUACCAUUCCCAACACAUCAAACUGACUUUCAUACACACCUAUGCCCCAACAGAAGUUCCAAAAGAACAAGCAAAGGAUGAAUUCUACAUGCGACUACUAGACGUACUUGACAGGAGGAACAAACCCAACAUGUUAAUUGUGACAGGAGACAUGCAUACUAAAGUGGGAAAUGAGCGCCAGGGUUAUGAAAGAGUCAUUGGCAAGCAUGGGCUCGGAAGAACGAACAACAAUGGAGAACGGCUCUGCGAAAUGUGUGACAUGAACGAGCUGGUCAUAACUGGGACUCUGUUCCCACAUAAAGACAUACACAAGGCAACAUGGGUAUCUCCAGAUUGGAAGACCAAGAAUCAGAUAGAUCAUAUACCGUAUUUUCCGCACCAUAAGGCGCC